AUGUCGAGCGAAGAAGCAACCUCCAACCAGAACGCCGAGGUUGAAGAAGUCAAGCAGACGUUUAUCUUACAAACUGCUGGGUUUGAUGCCCGAUUCCCCAAUACGAAUCAAACAAAGCAUUGCUGGCAGGCUUAUGUUGAUUACCACAAGUGCAAAAAUCUUCAUGGCCCCGAGCAUGAAGCUUCUCGUCAUUUCUACCGCACCUACAACUCUUUAUGUCCAAACCGCUGGAUUGCCCGUUGGGACGAGCAACGCGAGGCCGGGAAAUUUCCCGUCUCUCUUGGUAAGCCCCCUUUCGUCAUUUGUGGGUCGGAGGGGCAAAUUUGA